CCACUCACAAGCACAAGCACAAGCACAAGCACAAGCACACAAGAAAAACAAGGUGCUGGAGUGGGUUGGGGUGUCUCCAAGCUUGGAGAUAAGGACGGAAAAGGGGAGUUGGAUUGGAAUUUGGCAGCCAUUCAUCAUCGCGCAACGCAGUCCAGUAGUGCCUUCCCUGGCUUUCCCUUCCCUGGCUUUCCCUUCGCAGGCGCCAUUCCCUGUAACGUGCGACUCCCAGCAUUUGUAGGCAUUGAAUUACCCGAUGCGACUGGUUCCAACCUAUACCCUUACCAAGCACCCUGUAGCAAGAGCAUGAGGAAGCAGCUGGCACGAGAUUCUCCUCCCGGCUAAGCGAAAGUAAUUUCGUUUUGAGUCGACUCACACGGCUGCCCUCAACCUAUGAUACCCCUAGCACCUACAAGUUAGGUUAGAACCCUGUAGCAGGAGCAUGAGGAAGCAGCUGGCACGAGAUUCCCCUCUCGGACAAGCCAAGCAGUUCGCUCCGAAGCAGGCCCGCCCUUCUGGCGCGAUAGAUUUUCUCGCAAGCCCGCCAGAGCGGCGUGUUUUACGGUCCGACGCGAGCACGUAUUUUGAGGCGCCUCAAAACUAGCCCGCCCUUCUGGCGCGGUAGAUUUUUUUCCAAGCCCGCCAGAGCGGCGUGUUUUACGGUCCGACGCGAGCGCAAACCGACCAGGCCGUUAGCCUUAAUCUCCUGCCUGCGCUCAACGCUUCGCCACAUGGUUCGCAUUCGGCGGCUAUCAUAUAUAUCUCGAGGUUCCCGCUUUGGCACACGUGGAGUGUUCCGCACGCAAGGGGGAAGCGCUUUGCGCCGUUGCGCGGAUGUACCUUGGCGCGGAGAUCCGUGCGGGGAGGGGGGAGGCUUCCGCCAACUCGGCGGACAAGUGGAAACCCAACCUUCCGCCCAACUGCUGCCUCGUUAUAGUAAACGGGGAACAACGUGUGACAGAAAUGCCUAACUGUAAAAGCAUAACAGACUGUAACAGCAAGACCAAUGACUACAGUAACUCAUCAGGACAAACGGCUUACACUCCUGAUAACCUUACUUCUGAUGCAAGCACUGUUACAGAUAAUCUCAGUAACACAGUAACAGACUGCAGCAGCAUAAUCCACAACAGGUGCAGUAACAGCAGAAUCUGUAGCAUUAGCAGCAGCAGCGGCAGCAGCGGCAGCAGCGGCGGCAGCACCAGCAGCACAAGGAGCAGCACAGCAGCUCCAAGUCAACAUGGCAAUGGGGAAUCCAGCAGCAGCAGCAGCAACAGCAGCAGCAGCAGCAUCCGCCUGUGCAGGAGCCGGAGCGCUGGUUCAACCACUGCUGCUGCUGCUGUUACUGGUGGCAACAGGACGAAGACGGUCUUGGUAACAGGGUUACCACUGCUGCUUCGGGUGCUGUUGCUCUUCUCCCCCCAAUCAUUGCCAAUUCUGUCGCUGGUCCUGCAGCUGCUGCUGCUGCACAAAUUGCAGCGCAGAAGAGCAAUUACCCCUUUCACAAAGGAUCAUCGUCUGUUGGGUAAUACCCCCUCCUCGGCACAGAAGAGCUAUUUCUUGUGCCGCUUUUCCCCUAACACCCCCCACCUCCUCCUCAUGAUCCCGGACGUGCAUCCAGGCCUAUUCCCGGACCUGUUCCCUCUCUUCCCCGGCCUGGACCUGUUCCCGGGCCAGUUUCCCGAACCUAUUCUGCCGAAAGUCCUGGAGGGCCUGCCAUGGUUGCCGGACCUACCCUGAUGCCUCCCGGACCUGCUGGUUCGGCAUCCCUCCGAACCAGUCCUGGCGUGGCUACUGGUAGGUCUGCAACGGCCACUGGAUCUGUGGGCUUGGUGGGUUCCAGACCUGCUGCGGUGGCUCGGAGCAGCAGUGACGGCAGCAACGGCGGAUCCGUGAACAGAAAGAGUGGCAGCGACUUCAGCAGGAAGGGCAGCAGCAGCAGCCCCGACCUUCACCCACCUCCUCACAUGCCUGCCACCUACUGACCCUCCCCAGUCUCGACCUCCCCAGGUUGCCACCUUCACGGGCUUCCGUUCCUUCUCACAACCCUCCCGGCAUUCCUCCUCCUCACCGUGCUACGCUCUCUCCCCUCCCGUCCCCUCCUCCCCUACUGCCCCCUCCGCCUCCCACAUCCCCUCCUCCCCUCCCACCCCCUCCCCCUCUCACACUACCCACUCUCCUUUGUCUCAUCACCCUUCACUCACUCGAUCCUCCACUGCCCCUUUCUCUCUCACCCCCUCUCCCCCCACCCCCUCUCCCCCCGCCCCCUCUCCCCCCACCCCCGCUCUCCCCACCUCCUCUCUCCCCACUCCCUCUUCCUCUCCCUGCAACAUCAUCAAUACGAGCCUUCUCGCCUCCCCGCUCCCCCUUCCAACUACCCUCCCUCUCUCCUGUCCCAUCCCCUUCUCCUCCCCCUUUCCACUCCCCGUCUCUGCCCCCAAUACCGCCCCAUCCCCUCAUUUACUCUUAGCAUCCUUCGAGAUGACGCAACAGCUACCCCAACCCCCCUCGGUAUUCCCUGUGGCCGCAACUACCAGGGCUCGUAGUGCCCAUAGCACCACCUAUUUUGUCAACAGCAGCAGCAGCAGCAGCAGCAGUGUCAAGACCAUCAGCAGCAAAAGCAGGCCUGCAGAAUGCAAAGCCUCUUCCUCUGAGUCUCGAUCCCACCCCCAUCCGCUCCCUUCAAUCCCCUUCAACCCACCUUCCCAGCUUCAGCAGCAGCAGCAGCAACAACAACAACAGCAGCAACAGCAGCAGCGGCAGCAGCAGCAGCAACAGCAACAGCAACAGCAGCAGCAGCAGCAGCAGCAGCAGCAGCAGCAGCAGCAGCAGCAGCAGCAGCAACAGCAACAGCAACAACAGCAGCAGCAGCAGCAGCAGCAGCGGCAGCAGCAACUGCAGCAGCAGCAACAGCAACAGCAACAGCAGCUGCAACAGCAGCAGCAGCAGCAACUGCAACAGCAGCAGCAGCAGCAACAGCAGCAGCAGCAGCAGCAGCAGCCGAUGCUGCAACAACACUUACCUUACCGUUUCGCCCAUCACCCCCUUCUGCCCCGUCACUCCUCAUCCACUCCCUCCGGCCACUCACGGUCCGCCACCUGGUCACACAGUGUGCCGUUGGAUGCUCUCUCCCCUCUCCCUCCCCUCCCUCUCCCUUCUCCCCCUCUCCCUUCUCCCCCUCUCCCUUCUCCCCCUCUCCCUUCUCCCCCUCUCCCUUCCUCCCCUUUUGUAACAGCUGCUACAGCUGUGCUGGCUGGUCUUGAUCCCUCUCUUCCUUCCUCUGUUUCUCCCCUUAUCAUUGCACGAUCAGCCCAAGCAAACCCCUCCCCCACCACCACCGCCACCACCACCACUGCAACUACUCAGCCUCUUCCCAAGCGUGAGGAGUCUAUUUUUGAGGCGCCUCAAAAAUACAAUGCAACUGCUCAACCUCUUCCCAAGCCUCCUCUUUUGACAGGGCUUGAAACCGAAGGGGAACGAGUGAGCAGUCAUGCUCUUGACGAAACCACAUGGGAGGUGUCUCCAGCCACCACCCCCUCCACCCUCUACUCCUGCUCCACCUUCCGCUCCCUCAGCGGAUCAUCAAGUGUCUACUCUUGCUCCUGUUUACACUCGAGUGUCUGCUCCUGCUGCUGCCAGGCUGAGCUUAUAACCAAGGGGAGGUCAAUUUGCCAAGAUACCAGUGGUGCGGGUGUUACCCCGCAGUUCUGCCAGCUGGACGGUCGUUCAUCAUGCCAGCUGAAUGUCCAUUCCUGCCAGCUGGACGGCAUAUCUGCCUGCCAUGCAGACGGUGCUGAUUGCUCAGCUGAGGUGCAAGGCUUUCAGAGUGUAGUAUCAAAGUUAACGAAAUGAGUUGAACCACGGCAUACAAGGGAAUAUAUCCUAGUGGGUUGUACUCUCUAAGGCACAACCCUGUGUAGUCUAUAACAACAUACAAAAAUAUGUUUUGACACCCCCUAGACUGGAUAGGGGCAGUGCCUGGUGAGAGACAAGCAGCUCAGGGUGGCGCUACUAGUCCAACCUCUGAGGCAAGUGUCUUAAGACCAGUCAAACGAGUACAAACAAGGCAAGAGCAAAACCACGACGUUGCUGUAGCUCGCACAG